GAAUUUCUGGCAACACUGGCCAUGUUUAGUUUAUGGCUGCGUAACAUUGCUAAAAUACAAAAUAAAACACAAAUUGGAACAAAAUGUAGUAUAAUUAAUCAACAAUUACGCCAGCUGCGUACUCUAAGAGCUGUACAAAAUGAAAUUCAAGUGGAGUCAACAGAGCAGUCGCUGCCACAGGAGCAACGGAAAAAAAGUCACAAAGAGAUUGCCCUCGACUUUGGCAAUCGGGAGGCGCACGUGCCAAGCUUCAAUCUUGCAGCCCAUGUGAACAAUUCAACGACGUUACAACAGUUUAUUAGCCUCGGCGUCGAUCUGCACAACAUUGAGCGGCGCAAAGGACUCGGGGAUUUUGUGCUGCGCCUUGACUUUGAGAAGGAUGUGAAGCCAUACUUAAGGUUCCUCGCAGAUCAAGGCGUUGCACCUGAUGACUUUGGCCGCUUGAUUACAAAGAAUCCGCUGCUGUUCAAAGAGGAUCUAGAUGCGUUGCAGACACGCAUGGAGUACCUGGAGAGCAAACGCUUCUCGGUGGAGGCACGUCAACGCAUUCUCACCCAGAAUCCAUAUUGGUUGAUGUUCUCGACACGUCGCAUUGAUCGUCGAUUGGGCUACUUUCAAAAGGAGUUUCUCUUGAGUGGUCAUGACAUUCGGCUGUUAGCCACAAAAGAGCCACGUCUAAUUACCUACAACAUGGAGCACCUGCGCAAAUCUGUGUUUACUCUGCGCGAAGAAAUGGGCUUCAGUUCCAAAGAGCUACAAACGCUGAUUGUGUACAAGCCGCGUCUGAUGAUGAUAUCUCCCGACGACAUCAUUGAACGCUUCAGUUAUAUUCACAAUGAGAUGGGUCUAAGCCAUAAGCAGAUUGUCCAAUGUUCCGAGCUAUUGGCUUCUCGUGAAUUUCGGCUGCGGGAGCGGCAUGAAUUUCUCAAAUUAUUGGGAAGGGCUCAAUACGAUCCACAGAAGGACUUAUAUGUUUCGCCCAGUGAUAUGGUGCUGGGAAAUAACUUUUAUUUUGUACGAAAUGUGGCCAAAAGUGAUUUGCAAACAUUUGAUUUAUUUUUGAAAACACGUUAAUAAAGUUGUUCCUUUAACAGUA